UGUAGAAUUGAAGCAACUGUGGCUGGAGGUGGCUGCAAGAUUACAGUUCACAAUAGGCCUAAGGAAGCCCAAUUCGGAACGAUGACAGACUUGGACUUGCGCUAAAAGCCCUCGCGUAGUGUUGUCGACUUCACUCAAAAGCAGCGACUCGUGGUUCGACUAUCAUUACAAUUUCCCUAGGUACCUUGUGACAUCUCGAAUCGUCGCGCCAAUCUUAUCACACUUCAGGCUUGCCUCGUCCCCCAGACCUGGAAGAAACAAGCAUAGUUUGUUUUCCCGCUUUCGCACAAGGAACAACGCCCAUCGCCGCGAAACCGGUAUACACUUCAUCGUCCCAAACUAGAUCAGGUUGGCCUCGCAUCAGCAGACCUCGCAGCUCGCGUCGCAGCCAAGGAGUUUAAAGAGCUUAUGAGCAAUUUCAGCCUCAUUUGGCAACCGUUUGCUCUCGUCUGAACCCACUUGGCCAACGCUGAAACCGGACCACAAGGGCAAAAAUGGCCGAUGUACCACUCCUCGUCGUUUCCGAAUAUUCUUCGUCUGAACGCCGGAUCACCCCAUCAUGGACAAUCACCCAGCUCAAGGCGAAACUUGAGCCGGUGACGGGGAUUCCCCCCUCAUCCCAGCGACUCUCUCUUAAGCCCACGGCCAAGGAAAAUAUCCCGAUCGAGGCUGCAGAUGAGGACAAUACCCACCUGUUCAAUUUUCCCUUGUCCGCGUAUGCCGAACUACACAUUGUGGACACCAGACCAGCCGGUGCCAAACCCAAUUUCACUGAUACUUCCGGCGUUGACAAGUACAUCAUGCCGGAGGAGGAGUACGAGAAGAAAUCGGACUCGGUCCUGGCCUGGAAGAAGGCGGAAAAGCUAGGUCGCUUCAACCCUGAUGCUCCCAGUCUGGAGAAAGCUAAGCUUGAUGCUAUUGCGCAAGAAAUCGCAAAACGUGGCAUAGAGGUUGGCAAGCGAUGCCGGGUGGGUGGCGAUGACUCGAGACGGGGUGAAAUCAAGUAUGUGGGCGAUGUCAAAGAGAUCCCUGGCUUAGGAGGCUGGGUUGGGGUUCAGCUUGAUGAGCCCGUGGGCAAGAACGAUGGCAGCUUAGGCGACUCCAGAUAUUGGGGACAAAAGUCGUCGCUCAAGCAUGGUGUCUUUGUACGGCCCGAGCGAGUGGAGGUGGGGGACUGGCCGGCACUGGAUGAUUUGGGGGAUAUGGAAGAGAUAUGAGUGACCUCGGCACGCUCUGUUCAUCACCAGUUGACCUAUCUCUUCAGAGAUGCAAUCUUUGCGGUCACCAGCUUGUUUGGGAUUGUGAUGAUUUCCCAUGGCGUAGCAUUAAUGAUGUACCAUGACCAGCCUCAUCAUUGACGUGAGGUACGGAAGACGUCGUCGGCGGAAUGUACGUCUCUUGCCAAGCAUGUAUUGGGAUGGCUUGCAUAAGAUGUGAGGAUUCCAUGACUAAAGCACAAGGCCAGAGAGUAGAUUUGCCGUAGUAAUACCAACGUGAUUUCAUCAGCG